GUCACAUUGACGUUUUGGUUUCGAAUGUUGUGUUUAUCAAAAUCUAAAAAUACAUUCCUGAUUCCAGAAGUUAGUUUAUUGCUUACAUUUUAUUUAUUUAAUAAUCAAAACUUAAAAUUUCAGCUGGUUAAGUGUCUUUCUUAUAAAUCAAUCACUUAUGUCUUUAGGCAAUAAUGGAUACUACGAAAGUACAAAAAUGCCAGGAACUGUUAGCAGAAUUCACCAGAAAUUGCUCAGUACGACUGGUUCGCGAUGAUUUAUAUGCUUUAAGGGACUUAUUGUUAAAAAACUUGCAGAAUCUGAAAUGUGACAUUUGUUAUAAGGUUUACUUUAGUGAAAAAAAGUUAAAAAAGCAUAAAGAAAAAAAACAUUUGCUUGUUCAUGAUGAGACAGCUCUGAAGCGAGUCUCAUUUUCAGACAAAGUUAUAGUUCAUGAAAUUAAUGAAUAUCACCGGUGUAGAAAGUGUUCCAAGAUAUUUGAACUAUAUUCAACUUUAAAAGUUCAUAUGAGGCGUGAACACAAAAAGCGUAAGUGCUACAUUUGUUAUUAUUGUGCUAAGAAAUUUGUUGAUCGCAUGUUCUUUAAAGUACAUAUUAAACUACACUGUGAUGUUUGUGGUUGUUUUGUGCCAAAUAAACACAAAUUGAUGGAACAUAAACACAAUGUUUGUAAAAUGGUUAAAGAAUACAAAUGUAAAAGAUGUGAGGAUAUAUAUUAUUCAUUUCUGGCUCUCCAAGAUCAUAUGUCCAGUCAUGGCACUGCAUUUGUUUGUGAUAUUUGUAAAGAAAAAUUUGAAAGUAAAUGCGGACUUGCAUACCAUAUAAAAUUCUUUCAUUCAAAAUAUUUGAUGGACUUAUAUACAUUUAAUUUGGGGAAAUAUCAAUGUAACUUUUGCCAUGAGACUGCAGUUGAACGAGAUAUAAUAGAAAAACAUGUUUUACAUCUUACAGAAUUAAAUAAAUCUCUAUCCCAGAAAAAGUUCAUCUGCAAUCACUGCCUAGCCAUAUUUUUAUCAGAAACUGAAUUAUUAAAACAUAAAUUGACUCAUUACUGUGAUUCACCUGAAGAAGAGCCCAAUUGUGAAUCAAGCAUCAAAUUUAAGUUUAAAGUAGGUGACCCGUUGCCAGAACACUUUAAGCCUAUAAUAGUUUUAAAUAGAAUCCAAAUUCCUGAAAAAAAGGCAGAUGAACCACUGGAUUAUAUAGAAAUACCAAAUGGCUUGGAUGUGGAUCUUAAAAAGGCUGUUAUUGAUCCAAAAUCCAAGAAAACACUUUUAUCAAAAUAUCAAUGCACAAUCUGCACGAGGUACCUCUCAAAUAGCUAUGGUCUAAAACGCCACAUGGCAACAGUACAUAAAGACCCAGAAGAGAACUAUACAGAUGAUCUAAAAUGUUAUAGCUGCGAAGAGGUGUUUGCGUGGCCGUCGCUACUACAGACACACAAUUGCAUUCGGAAUAAUAUACCAGAUCCACCGUUUGGUGAUGCGAGGCCAGAAAUUGAACUAGAAGAGAGUGACGAUUAUUAUGAAAUCCCACCACCCAUUGUGGAAUUAACAGUUUACGAUGAAUGCGUUAUUCUGCCUAUGAAAAUGUCUCAUGGUAGCUCAUACAAAAUUGUCACGAAGGAAGUGCCUAUAGAAUUCUAAUAAUCUCAUAAACUACCAAUGAACAUUCUGUCUUUUUGAUUCUUAGAAUACACCUGAGAUUUUGUCACAACUUUCUAAAGCCCAACAAGGAUAGUUCCUAGAAAGUGGAUAUAUUUCUACGUCCUAACAAACAUACCAUACAUAACAUACAAAUCGGAAAUUCCCGAUUGGUAUAAACGAAAAUAUGUAAAUAAUAUUUAAUAAUUUAAGUACAUUGUAAUAUAGUAUAAAUUCAGUUGGAAAC